AUGAAGUGCCUCCGCACUGCUGCCAUGGCGGCUGUGGUUCUGUCUGCCACUGCUCUCGCUCAAAGCGAGUGUCAGAAUAUCCUCUCCACCCAGUACAAUGCACCUGCUGUCCACCCCGGAUGGCAAGCUCAGCUUAUUAUGAAUGGCCUCGUCAAGCCGCGCACCAUUGCCGUCGACAAUGCUGGCGCUCUCAUCGUCCUGGACGCUGGCGUUGGUGUUCGUCACAUCACCUUCACGGACCACGGCCACACCUGUCUCGAGGUCGACCAGAACAAGGUCAUUAUUGAGCUCGAAGGGCUCAACCACGGUAUGGCCUUCUCCGUCGACGGACGGACCCUGUAUGCCUCCACAGUCGAUUCCGUCUUCGCUUGGCCUUACGACCCCUCCACCGGCGCCGUCAGCGGUAAUGGAACAGAGGUGAUCACUGGCAUGGCCAGCAACCAGCAUGUCACCCGUACACUCGUCGUCUCGCGCCACAGCCCUGGAUACCUCGUCGUCUCUCGCGGCAGCGGCGACAAUCUGGCUACUGAAGCUAUGAACAUCGACUCGGGCAUGUCUCAGAUUCGCGCCUUCAACAUCAACAACACCGAUUCGUUCCCCAUUGACUAUCUUGAGGGCCGUGUCCUCGGCUGGGGUCUGCGCAACUCAGUCGGUGUUGCUGAGGAGCCCACAUCUGGCAGGUUCUACUCUGUGGAGAACUCGGUCGACGAUGUUGAACGUAACGGGCAGUUGAUCAAGGAAGACAACCCUGCCGAGGAGCUCAAUGAGCACGGCACUAUUGAGGAUGCCCCCGAGAAUGAAGCCAAUGCCACCAACUACGGCUACCCUCAGUGUUACGCUGUCUGGGACGCCGAUGACAUUCCCGACCACGACAAUCUCGAGGUCGGCGAUCAGUUCGCCAUUGACACAAAUACAACUCUUGACGACACUACCUGCCGUGAAGAAUACCAGGCUCCUCGUCUGGCUUUCCCCGCCCACACUGCCCCUCUCGACAUCAUCUUCAAUGAAAACGGUACCGAGGCUUGGAUCUCCUUUCACGGCAGCUUCAACCGCGAAAACCCCCAGGGUUAUUCGCUUUCGGUGGUCGACUUCGCUAACGGCGAGCCCACCGAGCCUCACACCUCCGCUGACAGCCUGACGCACAUCGUCCGCAUGACCGACCUCUCCACCUGUCCCGAGAACUGCUUCCGUCCCGUCGGUCUCGCUUGGGGGACCCAGGGUCGCCUUUACGUCACCUCUGACUCGACAGGCGAGAUCUUCAUCCUUGAGCGCCAGUCUGGUACACCGUCAUCCACCGAAUCUGGUACUCUUGUCCAGCCCACCGAGACGGGCUCUGCCGACUCAAGUAAUGGCGGCAGCGGCAACAAUGACGACAGCGCCGCGACGGGGCUGGCUGUUGGGUCACUGGGUGUCGCGGCCGUGGCUGUUAUGACUGCUUUUCUGCUGAUGUAA